AGGCCCAGAACUCUCCGCCUUCCGCCUUAGGCCUGGGACGUUGUUCUGUCCGCUCCGGUAUAUCACAUUAUUUAACAAACUCGUGCUCACAAACAUCACCCAUUUGGGUGAAAUAGGCCAUCUCUCCAGGUACCUCCCUCAAUUCUGGCCUGGCCGUUUCUAUCCAGUCCCUCCAUGCCUGGCACCGCCAACCGAACCUCUUUCCCGUGUCCUUGAGACGAGCUCUAGCUUUGAAGAUGCCCAUCCGCGCGUUGGAUGAAUGGGCUGCUGGCCGUACGCAGUCGCUUCCCCUCUCUGCACUCAAGGGUGCUGUCAUCGGUAUUGAUGCGUCGCAUUACAUCCACCUGCACCUGCACCACCACACUACCCGCGAACCUCUCUUGAUCGCACUUGGUGGCUUCCCAUUUGCCCUGAAAGGAAAUAUCGAGAGAGAGUUACAGAUAUUCAAGAACUUAGGGAUCGCGUUGGUCUUCGUCUUCAAUGGCCUCGAUUGGGGAAAGCGGGACCAGCGUCCUCAGGUCCAGGCUGAGUCGGCUCGCGCGUUCGAUCAAGCUUGGGAGCUUUACGACCAACAACAGGCGGACCAGGUGGUAGAUGCUUUCAGCAGUGCCGGUAUGUUCCCUGCUCGGAGUUAUUGGCGGGGAGCUGACGUUGGGACAAGGCACCUUGAAGCCGGAAGCACUGUACAGAUUCCUGCAGAGGAUCCUUCACCAGAACGGGGUUGAUUUCUUAGUCGCUCCCUACAGUGCGGCAGCUCAGGUG